ACUCCUCUGUACACCUUACACGCUGGGCGACAUUUUUUUCUGAAAUUUACCGAGACGUCUCCUCGCAGUUAGAGAUUCAAAAUAACAACCCGUCUACAUUUUAUCAUUUUUAUUGUUUAUUUCUGUAUACACGAAUACAGCGUUUAUUUUUCCAUCUUACGUCUGUAAGUUACCGACAUAAGAAAGCCUGCUGUUGUUGACUUUUAAGCGAACUCAAGGCUAGCUGUGUAUGUAUAUAGUCAAUCUUACAUAGAGUUGCAUUUAGAGACGCGACAAACGCAUAUUUUCUGUUUGUUUAUUUAGUGUGUUGCUUAAUUUAAGGGGCGUAUAUAACGCGCUUACAGAUUACUGUACAUCCGGUUUCGUUGGUAGUGUCAAAUGCGAUGCUAACUGGCCGAUAGCCUGUGCUCUGUAGCUAAUGUUAAUGGAUCUUUUCACGAGCUCAUAAUCUUUUUUCAGAUCUGCUUUGUGGGUUUGUCGCUGUGUUUAGGAUAUAUCAAUAUCGCGUUGUUUGAAUAAACCAGGAUACAGUUCUUGCUCCACCGGUUCUGCUAUCAGAUCGACGCAUGACACUUUAGCAAGGUAAUUGCUAGUACUAUUAACAGCUGAUCUCUGCAUUCAGAAAUCUGUACAUUACACUAGCAUGACGGCAGAUCUGCAGAGAUGACCUUAACCGAAUAAAAGUGCACGAUCAAGUUUUGUAGGAUCAGCCAGAGGAAGGGAAUCGUAUGGCUGCGCGCUGUUAGCCCGCAUCAGCUGAGCUCUCAAAUAGGCCACGUCGCCUGUGUGUGCGUGUUCAUGUAUUUGAUCUACUGACAGUAGCGUUGCAUGAAUGCAAACAAGGAACAGCGAGAAUUCGCCAACUGUGCGGAAGGGACACGGAGGAAACGUCAAAAUUGUAGUUGUCACCUACUUCAUCUCAAGGUUGCUAUAAACCGAACGGUUGAGGAGAUAUGAGUCUCAUUUAAAUACUUUAACGUAGGAACUUUUGGUUAACAGAUUUUAACGCUCACACAAAGCCAGUGAUCGCUAUUUGCGUGUCUGUUCGAUCACACAAUGAUCGGGUUCAGCGCGAAUCGACGCGGAGGUCGCCUCCCGUCUUUCAUCCUGAUCGCGUUAUUGGUGAUUAUUGGCAUUGUGUCGUUUAACUACUGGAGCGUGUCCAGUAAGCACGGAAGGCUGCUGGACGAGCUGGCCGAGGUGCAAACGCAGGUGAAGCGCACCGACGCUGCGCGCUCCCGCCUGGAGAAGAGAAACUCCGAGCUGAUGAUGCAGGUGGACGCGCACAGGAAACAGAUCGAGCAGAAAGAUGGAGAUUACAACACGCUGGAGAGCAAACUGGAGAACAGGGAUGCGCAGCUGAAAUCCUGCAACGAUGAAAAGAAUCAACUCCAAAUUGAUGUCAGUGCCAAGAUGUUGGAGCUUCACAAGCUGGAGGAGCAGAUGAAGGAGUUAAGACAGGAAAUCAUCCGACAGGAAGACCAGUUAAGGGAGGUGCGGAAAAACAGCACCAACCUGGAGAAAAAACUAGAAUAUGAGAGCUUGCAGUGUGGUCGCCAAAUGUCUGAGCUGAAAGCAGAGUAUGAAGAGAGCAAGAAGAGAGCGGAAGAUGACGCGGCCAAACUCAGAAAGAAUUUAAUAGAGACUGGUAAAAAAGGAGGAGUGGGUCGGCAAGUGGAUCUGGAACUGAACUCAAACAAAAGACUAGACAGAAAGGACACUGCAGAGCACCACACUGUGGCUCCACAACAUGAUGGCCCGGGUCUAAAAGAUGAAAUGGUUAAACCUGGUAGUGAUGCAGGAAUGCCUGGCAUUGAGGACAGUGAAGUAGGCAAGAUAGAAGUUGGACAGUUUGCACUAAAGAAGCCGGCCAUCACACAGAAACACAUGGAGCCUGCGGAGGCUGCAGCGAUGCUAAAGGAAGAGAGGGCAGGACUUGCAGCUUUAGCCCGACCAGGAGAUGAUCAUGCCCGUGGGCAGCCGCUGGAUCAACCAGAUGUGCCCCACGAUGAAAGUCUGCAUUUGAGGAAACACGAGGGCCUCGUCCAGCAGCAGGUUCCAAAGCCAGUGGCUGACAAACCCAUGUUGUUUGAUGAGGAUAAUAAAGUGGGCAUAAAGGCAGAUGAGUUUGGGGAGCAGCGCAGACAACUGGGAGCUCCUGAAGAUUUUAAGGCAGAGGGAGUUGGACUUCCUCCUCCUCCUAACCCUGCUCAGGUCCUGCCCAAACCUAUUGAUCCUCACAAUGGCAGAGAACCUGCGCCCGCCGACCCUCCACGUCACCGUCAGAGCCGUUUCUUUGAUGAAAAUGAGUCCCCUGUAGAUCCGCAACACGGCAAUAAGCUGGCGGACUACAACGGGGACGACGGCAACGUGGGUGAGUAUGAGGCGGACAAGCAGGCCGAGCUGGCCUACAAUGAGGAAGAGGAUGGUGAUGGUGGGGAGGAAGACGUCCAAGAUGAUGAAGACCGGGAGGCUCCAGGUGAAAGGGCUGUGGAAUAUGGAAAACGACAUAAAGCAAUUGACAUCCUGUAGUCCCAUCUGUCAAAAUAUUUUAAAUUCAGCCUGGAUGUUCUUGAAAAUGAAGUAGCCGAGAGAGGAAAAAAUCCCUUGGAGUUCAGCUGUGAUUUUGUUGUAAUGUAUUAUCGGAGACAUUCAAACUUUACAGUGUCUUCAAAGACGAAUGAGAGUCAUGGAUGUGAACUUGAUCAUCGCUGACCAGACUUUUAUUCAACUUAAAUGCGAAUGUUUGCUUGCACAUGACCUAAUUUGAGAGUAUUUCCAUCUGCACAGAUUUAACAGAUUUGGGUUUUGGAAGUGAGAAAACUAUACUGUACAAAUGCUGUUUUUUUCUUCUUUUGUAAUAAUAAGUUCAUGGACCGGAGGACAUUACUGUGAAUAGACAGACAAUAUGGAAGUGAUAUUUCUGUUUGUUUCACAAAGUGGAAAAUAUUGAUACUUCAACUAUUGAACAGGACCUACAGCACACAACGUUUUUCUCCUCCAAGAACUGUUGAAAAGCAUAAUGUCCCUUUAUCUUUCUGGACAACAGUUACUGUAGACUACGGGAAGAUGCAUCUGAGUUGAUCUUGAACUGUUUUUAAGCACCAUCUCUUUUUUCCAGAUAUUAGACAAGACUUGUACGAUUGCUGGAGCCUUUUGUACUGGUUCUGGAUCUGAAGGAUCACAUACAAGUGUACGCAGAGUUUUGUAAGGACAUUAUUGCAUGCAAAAGAAACAGCCUUUGCUAAUCAACCUGUAGAACAAGAAGCAAUACUUUGUGCCACAGACUAAACCCAUCACAGCUGUGAGUCAGCUUUUUCUUACAGGUAGAUGUACAGUACCUAACCGAGAAGUCCAUGUUAAAAGUAAUGCUGUAGAAUACCAAAACUCUCAACUGGAAAUAAUGACCUAACUGUUUUUCUCAUAGUCAAGCGAAAUAUGAUAGGAUUCGCAAACUGAAUGUACUCUUCUAGCUUGUGAUUGUUUUGAGAUUGUUACAUGGGUGUUUGGGCUCUCUAACUCUUACAAAGCUGUGCAGCGCAAUCCAAGGAUAAUGUUUAACAAAAUGCUUUAUAUUUCCAAUAAACUGCUCCUGUUUUGGAAAGUCAAA